GACAUCUACACUGAUAAUCAGGGCACUGAUCAUCAGUGCUCUGAUGAUCAGUGCUUCCUUUCAGUGCCCAUAAUUGCCACCUGUGAGUGCCCAUCAAUGCUACAUAUCAGUGCCCAUCAGUGCACAUCAGUGCUACAUAUCAGUGCCCAUCAGUGCAUAUCAAUGCCACAUAUCAGUGCACAUCAGAGCUGCCUUUCAGUGCCAGUCAGUGAUGCCUAUCGUGCCGCCAAUCAGUGCCAGUUAUCAGUGCCGCCUAUCAGUGCCCAUCAGUGAUGCCUGUCAAUGCCCAUCAGUGCCUCCUCAUCAGUGCCACCUAUCAGUGCCAAUCAGUGCCACCUAUCAGUGCCCAUCAUUGCCGCCCAUCAG